ACGACUGUUCAUUCAUACACAGCGAAUGCUAACUGACAGACAGCAGACUCGAGAGUGAGAAAAUCAACAAAUCCGGAGAAUCAAGCUUUUGACACCAAGAGAGCAAACCACCACUUUUAUCUGGAUUUUUUUUUUCCUUUUCUUGAGGUUGUGUUUAUUUUACUAGUUUAUCACAGCUUCAGAUCCGAAGAAUGAGAGGGAAUCUUUCCCUGAAGGAAGAGAUUUCAGGGUAUUAUUCAAUGAUGCCUGUCUCGGACUUCCAUGAAAAGGUUCCCUGUACGGUUGAGCCCGCGCAGAGUGUGUGUGGAGCGGGAGGACCUGUCACCUUCAGACCGCCGAUGGGGAAUAACUCUCUGGCGCAGGAUGGAGGAUGUGCGCAGGAUAUAGCUGAAGAGUUAAAGGAAAAAACUGUGCUUGCCCCAGCAAUGUUCAUCUUUCAAAAGAAAACCCCAUCCAUGAAGAGAAGCGCAGAGAGAUGGGAGGAUGGCUCAGUUGUGGGAAUCAGUCCAAGAAAACGAGUCAGUUCACUCACCUACCCUAACCCUAACAACAGAACCAGGAAAGGAUCCUGUGACGGCAGUAGACGAGUGCGAUCAAGUUCCCUCUCUUUUCCCCCGCCUCCUCCAGUCUCAAGGUCAAAUGUCUUCAUGCCCUCAAAUCUCUGCAACCGGACCAACAUUUCCCCAAACACAGUGUCACCUCUGAACAGUGUCAGAAGGUCAUUACUUCAGCCUGCACGUCUCCUCACCCCUCAGCCCUGUAACAUCUCCUCACAGCCACACCUAUCUGAGGUCAGCCAUGACCUUUCAGAUGAUUGCUGCAGCGUCCCAACUGACCGCUCCUCCACUGCGAGUGUAUUACAUCCGAAGACAUCCCCUCAAGUUCAGAGAUCGAAGGCAGACAGUAUUACCUCAGACCGGCUCCAGUUUGUAUUUGGGGAAAACAUGAGCGCAAGAGUUUUGAGACCCCAUAAAUUGCCCAGCAGUGAACAUUCUGAUUGCAGCUCUUCUAAUUCUGAGUCCUCCACCUUUGAGUCAAGUCAUAAAGGUGCUGUGUGGAGCAGUCUGAGGGAGUCUGCUGCAGCUUACACAGCGUCCUGUGGGAGGCAGCGUGUGCUCAGGCGGGUUCAGGUGUUCACUGGGGAGGAGAAGGAGAGCAAUGUGGUCCAGCUGACCUGCAGACUGUUUGUCCUGGAAAAGGGAACUCAGGCAUGGACUGAGCGAGGGAGAGGAGUCCUGCGACUCAAUGAUCUAACAUCAGGGACCAAAGGAGGGCUGCAGUCCAGGAUAGUGAUGAGGCACCAGGGCAGUCUCAAGGUCAUCCUCAACACUAAGCUCUGGCCACACACACACCUGCGUCGCCCCGCCCGUCGGAACCUCCAGGUGACGGCCACCGACGUGGAGACUCAGGCAGUCCGGGUGUUCCUCGUCCAGGCCAGCGCCAGGGACGUGGCUCGCCUCUACGUAGCCAUACACCAUCGGCUGGUAGCCCUACGGGCCAGUGUUGCUGAGAGGGAGGCAGGGGCUGCAGUGGGCAGGACUAGGGAGGGACACCGCAACAGUGAGAAUGAGGAAGAGGAGGAGCAGGAAGAGCAGAGACAACGGCAAGAAAGAGAAGGGCUGCUAGUGACACGAUUGCGACCUGUGGUUUGUGAUUGGAUACACAGUAAACCCAGUUCGGAUUCUUGGUGACAUUACAUUAUAUCCUGACCUGGACCAUGCAACAGUUUGUGGAGUCAUCACAUCUGAACAGAACUUUUAGCCAUCAUGGAACAGUGGGACAAAACAUCAAGAGACAGCUUUCAAAAAUGCCUUUUGCCAAAGGAAGAUACAGUACAUGACCAAAGGUAUGUGGACACCUGCUCGUCGAACAUCUCAUUCCAAAAUCAUGGGCAUUGAUAUGGAG